UUUGACAUAUAUAAAAUUCUAUGGACAGUAUAAUUUAUUUAUUUUUUCCUUAAAACCCAUUUAAGAAUUUUCAGUCUUAAUUUCCCUUCAGAUUCCAAACUUCUUAAGCAUUGUUUUUGCCAUGGUUCUGAUCUUCCAAGUGCUUGUUUCUUUCCUUUCCUGUCUACAUCAAACCGCCUUCCCACUUUUUUAUAUUUUGGCUUCUUUCUCUCCCCUCUGUUAGCUUAUAACUCCCAACUCCCCUCCAUUAGAUUCUUCAACUAAGUGCUUUACCUUCCUCUGAUCAUUUUCUUCAUGGCUGGGAAAAGAAACCAAACCAGCCCCAUAGGCAGCCCAUCAUCUGGGAACAUCUCGGAUAGUUGUUCCAAGGAACAGGAUCGAUUCCUUCCCAUAGCUAAUGUAAGUCGUAUCAUGAAAAAAUCCCUCCCUGCAAAUGCAAAAAUAUCGAAAGAUGCCAAAGAAACUGUUCAAGAAUGUGUCUCUGAGUUCAUCAGCUUCAUCACAGGUGAGGCUUCGGAUAAGUGUCAAAGGGAAAAAAGGAAGACCAUAAACGGGGAUGAUCUUUUGUGGGCUAUGACAACACUGGGUUUCGAGAAUUAUGUUGGACCUCUCAAGGUUUAUCUCAACAAGUACAGGGAAACUGAAGGAGAGAAGAAUUCCAUGGCUAGCAGGCAAGAACAAGAAGAUCAGUCGUCUACCAAUGCUGCAAUCAACCAUGGUGCUGCUGGGGCUAAUCAAUUCAAUCAUGUAAAUGCAGCCAUAUCAGCCAACGCACCAGAUCAUUUCCAGGGUUACAGCAGUGGAUUCUUUUCGCCUGGGGCUCAAGUUACUCAUCCACAGAAUUAUGGAGAGAAUUUGAUGAAAGCUGGUGGUUUCAACACAAGCAUGAUCCGAGAAAAUGGAGAUGGAAAUGGUAAUAAAACCAUGGCAGCUCAUCUUCACAGGGUUGACUGGUAGUAUCUUGUUGAAAACUUGAAAAAUAAAAAUCCUACUUGUUUUUUCCUUAAAUAUAUAUAUAUAUAUGUUGAAUUUAA